AUGGAUAACGUGCAGGGUUCUGAAGAAUGGGGUGUUAAUGGAUUGAUUGGUUUGCCUGGAUUAGGGCUGUGCAGCAAACAGAAGAGUUUUGUGCAUGGAAAUAUUUCAGGGGUCGGAUGGGAGACCACAACCAUCGGGGUUGUGGUGGCGACGAUGGUAAAUCCCCAAGUUUAUACUCAUCGAGGUGAUACAGUGCAUAUGGGCCUCUAUGGAGGCAUCAAUCUUCCCCCAUCUUCGAUGACCAAAGAUGUUGAGAAGUGCACCCGGGAAAAGGAGAAAGAAGAGACCUCGAUAGAAGACUCCUGA